AAUACACGCACAGGACACGUUCUCACUGAUAGUUCACGGACGCACGUGAAAAGACUAUCGAAAUCUAAUUAAUAGCGUGGUGUCUCUAAAAAAGAUCCCCGUUGAGUAUUAUCGUUAAUCCAUUCUCUGACAGCUGCGCUUCACUUGAAGCCUUCCAUUUUUGUUUUGAUUUUUUUUUUAAGUACCUGGUAUCCAUACCAAAUUAAUUAUGGCUGACUUUUUGAUCACUGGGGGAACAACUUAUGUUCCAGAGGACGGCCUUGUCGGUUCAUCCUUGUUCAACGUUGGAGACGGACUGACUUACAAUGACUUCAUCAUUCUUCCUGGAUUCAUUGAUUUUGCAGCUGAAGAAGUGGAUUUGACUUCUGCUUUGACCAAGAAAAUUACUCUGAAGGCUCCACUUGUUUCUUCUCCCAUGGAUACCGUCACAGAAUCUGAAAUGGCCAUUUCCGUUGCAUUAUGUGGUGGUAUAGGAAUUAUUCACCACAAUUGCAGCCCAGAAUAUCAGGCCACUGAAGUUUCCAAAGUAAAGAAAUACAGACAUGGAUUCAUCAGGGACCCUGUUGUAUUGACAACCCAACAUACUGUUGGAGAUGUCUUGGAAAUUAAAAGAAAGAAAGGGUUCUGUGGUAUACCCAUUACCGAAAAUGGGCGUAUGGGAGGAAAACUGGUUGGCAUUGUCACUUCAAGAGACAUUGAUUUCUUGGAAAAAUCAUCGGAUAUUCCCCUCGAACAUGUAAUGACAAAAGCGGGAGAUUUGGUUACGGCUCCUUCCGGUGUCACUCUGCAAGAGGCUAACGCUAUAUUGGAAAAGUCCAAGAAAGGCAAGUUGCCCAUCGUCAACGAGUGCGGCGAACUCGUGUCGUUGAUUGCUCGAACUGAUUUGAAAAAGUCACGAGAGUAUCCGUUUGCGUCGAUGGAUCCUGGGAGACAAUUACUUGUGGGCGCAGCGGUUGGCACUCGCGAUGCUGACAAACAACGGCUCCAGCUCUUAGUCCAAGCGGGUGUUGACGUCGUUGUCCUGGACUCAUCUCAAGGCAAUUCGAUUUUCCAAAUCGACAUGAUUCAAUAUAUUAAGCAACACUAUCCGGAUCUGCAAGUAGUUGGUGGAAAUGUUGUAACAGCUGCACAGGCCAAGAACUUGAUCGAUGCCGGCGUAGAUGGUUUGCGAGUUGGUAUGGGGAGUGGAUCGAUUUGCAUCACGCAGGAAGUGAUGGCUGUUGGACGCUCGCAAGGCACCGCCGUAUACAAAGUAGCUGAAUAUGCCCGCCGCUUCGGAGUUCCAGUCAUCGCUGACGGAGGCAUUCAAUCUGUUGGUCACAUAAUCAAGGCACUUUCGUUGGGCGCCUCUACGGUCAUGAUGGGCUCCAUGUUGGCGGGAACAACGGAAUCUCCUGGGGAAUACUUUUUCUCUGAUGGUGUCAGACUGAAGAAAUACCGAGGAAUGGGCAGUCUUGAAGCCAUGGAAAAGAAGGACACGAAAGGUGCGGCGUCCAGCCGUUACUUCCAUCGUGAAUCGGAUAAAAUCAAAGUGGCCCAAGGUGUUAGCGGCGCUAUCCAAGAUCGAGGAUCAGCUUUGCGUUUCUUACCCUAUCUACAGACGGGUAUUCGACAUGGUUGCCAGGACAUUGGAGCUCGCUCUCUGUCUCAUUUGAGGGCCAUGAUGUACUCAGGAGAGCUAAAGUUCGAACGCCGUACUCCUUCUGCCCAAAUGGAAGGAGGCGUUCAUGGCCUCUACUCUUACGAGAAACGUCUAUUUUAAAACAAGAAGAUACGGAAUCCAGUCAACAGCUUUAAUCUACAAUGCUCAGCUGAUAUUAACUAAUCCUGGAGUCACAAUUUAAACUUGAAUUGGAGCUCAGCCAAAUUGAAAUUGGACAAUACCCUAUUCCAAAUCCAUGGGUUUCACUUCUAAUCUCAAUUAACGAAAGUCCAAUUCAAAUUUGAACCAUAGCUCUUGCAACUGACCAUAUAGGUGCUCUUUGUGUAGGACACCUGUUUACGUCUUGUCCGACUUGUUGUUAUCGGCACAUUCCCCAACACUGUGACAAACAAAAUUUUGGUUUUCAUUUAGAGAAUCAAUCCUUUUCCUUAAUUAAUUCUAAAUGAUUAUUUUUUGAAAUGAGAUGUUUCAAAUUAGGUCGUUCUACCAGAAGUGUAUAACUGUGUUAGUUUCUCAGCAUGUCCUGUUGACCACUUUUCAGAUUCUCAUGCAUUGGAGAACAAUGUAAUGAGACUGAAUUUCUUUGUUUAUCUUUAUAUUUCUGUGAAAGAAAUAUAGAUUUAUAGUGGAA